AUGGAGGCAAAGAGGUUGGAGAAGCUCACCGCAGAGGCUUCGCGGCAACAGCAGGAGAUUGCAUCCCUGACCUCGCAGCUCUCAGCAUUGAAGAUCAAGCACGAGACGCUGCAGCAGGAGUAUGGCGACCCGUCGAUUCGCUACUUCCUGGCCUCCAAGGCCACGAAGGUCUACGGAGAUCCAGGCAUCCAAGGCGCCGCCAACAAGACCUUCAAGUACGUCCUGCCGCACAUCGCCGAGGCGCUGAAGACCAGCACCGAGGUGUACGCGGCCCUGAACGAAUCACUGCUGGAUUCGAUGCACAGCAUCUUGGGGUCGGAGACAUCCUUCGAGCCAAUGCUGCCGACGAUGUCUGCCUUCCUCGUCUAUGGCAUGAUCUGCUUCCCUGUAGGCCUGAUGCUCUCGUACGCACUCGAAUGGGUUUGCAAGCUCCGGGAGCUCCUGCUUGCGACCUCUUUCUAUCUGUUUUGCAUUUCCGCAUUGGCGGCCGGUUUCGUCGCCGUUACGCAGCGGGAUCCGCUGAAGGAGCUCUACGAGCAUGACUCUUCAGUCUUCGUGCUGCAGCAGUCGGGCUUCUUCGUGAUCUUGGUCGUCCAGCUUCUGCUGAUCGCGAUUGCACUCUGCGGUGCGGCCAGCGCAGAUGAUGUGCCAGUCCAGGUCUGGCUGAUGAGGCUUUGCCAGACCAUCUUCAUGUUCUACUUCGGCUUUGUCUACUACCGGCUCGUGUGGACACCCACGAUGCUCGACGAGGCGCCGAAAACGGAUGUCUUCGGAAGCAUGAUUGGCAUCAACGACAGCUCGAAGGGCCUGCCAUACUCGCUUGCUGCUGGCGGCUUCACACUUAAUCUGGCGUUAGAGUGGCGAGUGCAGGGGACACUGGAAGAGGACCAAGCCGAGAAGGAAGAGAAGGAGGCCUAG